GCAACUCUAACUAGCCCAUACUUGAUCAAUUAAGAGAUCGAUUGAUGGCUACUCCUAAGGUUAUGAUUUUAUUAGCUCUUCUUCUUCUUCCUCUUGUUGCCUCGAAUCCUGCUUAUGACAAAUCCGGCCUAUCGGUGGGGUACUAUGGGUAUUCAUGUCCUCAAGCCGAGUCCAUUGCAUUGAAUGUCAUCAAAGAAUCCCUUUAUGUUGAUCCUACUCUUGCUGGCCCCUUGUUGAGAAUGUUCUUUCAUGAUUGUUUUGUUAGGGGUUGUGAUGCUUCAAUCCUGCUAGAUUCUCCUACAAAACAAGGUGAGAAAGAUGCAAUUCCAAAUCUAACACUUCGAGGAUAUGAAAUCAUAGAUAAAGUCAAGAGUGCAUUGGAAAUGCAUUGCCCAGGGACUGUCUCAUGUGCUGAUAUAUUAGCCAUAGUAUCGAGGGAUGUCGUGGUUGAGACCGGAGGAGCGUACUGGGAUGUUGAGUUAGGAAGGCGAGAUGGUUUUGUUACUUCGCUUACUGAAGCUCUAACUAGUUUGCCACCACCAUUUUUCAACAUUACCUCUUUGAUAAAUAGUUUCAUCCAAAAAGGACUAAGUGUAAAGGAUCUUGUAGUUUUAUCAGGAGCACACACUUUAGGCGUAUCUCAUUGUUCUUCGUUCAAAAACCGUCUCUACAACUUCAACGGAGGAGGUGACAACUCUUUCGAUCCAACCAUGGAUCCCAAAUAUGUCCCUGCAUUAAGGAAGAAAUGCACCAAAAAUGGUGCUGACGUGAUCGUGGAAAUGGAUCCCAGAAGUUCCAAAAAAUUCGAUAAUGAUUACUUCAAGCAAGUGUCUAAUAACAGAGGAUUGUUUCAAUCAGAUGCUGCAUUACUCGACAAUUACGAUACUAAAUAUUAUGUUGAAGCUCACAAGAACGGUAGAAACGAAGAAAAGAAAUUCUUCGAAGACUUUGGUGUAUCCAUGGUAGGAAUGGGUAGAAUUGAAGUUCUUACUGGUAAUGCUGGUCAAGUAAGGAAAGUUUGCUCAAAGAUUAAUUACGAGUACUGAUUAAAUGUACGUACGUACGUGACAUUUCGUCGUGGUCCAAAAUUCUCCUCAUAUUAAUUGAUUUGUUCAUUUGGUUAUACAAAUUAUUGCAUUAUGAAUAAAUAAGAAGAUUCGUAAAGUGUAUGUUUGUGAGAUUUAAUAUUGGUAAAGAACUUAUAAGUUCAAGUGAGAUUGAUCGAGCUCGUCUCCAACUGAAGAUCGAAGUAAUAUCUGGCUUUAACGGAGUAUAUGUAUGGUCAAAGAGUCAAAGCCACUUUUAUUUUGCUAUAUACAUAGGAUGAUCUUUCAUAUAUAAGAUCUCAAGAAAGUGUAUGUAGUUAGAAUAUUUUCCAUUACUUUGUCUUUGUUUUCAUGUAGUUGGAUGCUCUCUUUCUAUAUUAUUUAAAUAUCAUUACUUAAACAGAAUAUUAUUAUAAUUUUUGUGUAAGAGUUUAGUUUUUUUUUUUAGUAAACUUAACUAAUUACUAACAAGUCAUACGAGAUCUACAAAAGACAUCAAAUUUAAAUUAAUUUAAUCAGGUCAAACGAAUAUCCCUUUACUAAAAGUAUGAUGGAUGGGACGAUCUUGAUCUUGCACUGUUAUCGCAUGCAUUGUUGGAAUAUGCAGCACUUUCAGAGAGACAGUCAAGUGAUUUGUUAUAACCGCGAGAAACACUUUUGUUUGAUUCAUUUGAAUUGAAAAUCUUUGUGAUUCCACAUAAUUCUUUACUAACGAAUUCGAAUUGAACCCAUAUUACUAUUGUUCCCCCUUACACCAUAACAUUUCCUUUUCAAUCGCCCUCUCUGAUUUUAUAUCAACAUUUCUUGCACACAUUAACACUUUACUCCAUUGAAAGAGUUAAGCUUUUAAAAAACAAAAGAAUGGUACAAAAACUUAAAUAAA